AAAAAAAAAAGUGUCGACGAAAGGGUUUUUGGGGUUCAAGCCUUCUCUCCGUCCGUUUGCAAUCUCCACAGGCAGCGCAACCUCCCACUCUAUUUCAUUUCCCUAACCAGGUAGAUGGCUAGAUGGGAUGAGAUUCUGUCCCUUCCUGUUCAGAGUCCACCAACACUGGAGUUUUCUUCUGCUGAUAUUGUGUGGUCAAAGGUGGAAGGUUGGCGUGACAAUAAAGAUAGAGUUGCUCUAAUUCCAUUUGCUAGAGUUGAUGAUUUUUUGAGGGGUGAAUCCGCGAACAAAGAAUGUCCAACAAGAUUUCAUGUUGAAGCAAGGAGGCGGCGGCAGGCAAAGACGCCUUACAAACCAAAGGUUGAUGGUGUUCUUGAAUAUAUUCUAUAUUGGUGUUCCUUUGGGCCUGAUGACCAUAGGAAGGGUGGGGUUGUACGACCUAGCAGGACUACUUAUCUCCCAAAGAAGAAAAAUGCUGGUCGACCAAACACCAAGAGAGGAUGUACCUGCCACUUUAUCGUGAAACGCUUAAUUGCUGAACCAUCAGUGGCGCUUGUCAUAUAUAAUCAGGAUAAGCAUGUGGAUAAGAAAGGGGUGCCAUGUCAUGGCCCGCAAGACAAGAUGGCUGCUGGAACGCGUGCUAUGUUUGCCCCAUACAUCUCUGAGGACCUACGUCUUCGUGUGCUAUCUUUACUAUAUGUGGGGGUCUCUGUGGAGACUAUAAUGCAAAGACACAAUGAGUCAGUAGAGAAACAGGGCGGUCCAUCUAAUCGUGAUGAUCUUUUAACCCAUAGGUACGUUCGGAGACAGGAGAGGAUCAUUCGACGUUCUAGAUAUGAAUUGGAUGCAGAUGAUGCGGUUAGCAUCAGCAUGUGGGUGGAAAACCAUCAGAGUAAUGUUUUCUACUAUGAGGAUUUCUCUGAUGUGGACCCUUUCACUUUGGGAAUUCAAACAGAUUGGCAGUUGCAACAGAUGAUUCGCUUUGGAAAUCGCAGCCUUCUAGCUUCUGAUUCAAGGUUCGGAACAAACAAAUUGAAGUAUUCAGUUCACAGUCUCCUUGUAUUUAACGACGACAACAAGGCCAUUCCAGUAGCUUGGAUAGUGGCUCCAAAGUUUGAAAGUUCCAAUGCCCAUAAAUGGAUGAGGGCUCUUUACAAUAGAGUUCAAACGAAAGAUCCUGCAUGGAAGUUGGCUGGGUUCAUAGUGGAUGAUCCGCUAGCUGAUGUGCUCACUAUCAGGGAUGUAUUUCAGUGCUCGGUGUUGAUAAGCUUUUGGCGCGUCCGUCAUGCAUGGCAUAAAAACUUAGUAAAGAAAUGUGUGGACAAUGAGAUGCGAGCUGCAAUAUCGAGAGAGAGAGAGAGAGAGAGUGGCCUUUUUGUUUUCUUUCUCCCCUUUCUAUUGAGCCUUUUUUUCUUUUUUCUUUUUUUUUAAAUUUAAAAUUUUGCUUUAUUUUGAAUUACUCAUUCAAGAAAAAUGUUUUUUGACAUAGGGAUGUGGAUCUCUGCUCUACAAAAUCUUCCUCUUGCCAGCCAGGAAACCUGUGCAGCAAUGGAGUUCUACCACAACCAACUAAAGCUUAGGUUGUUGAAUGAGAAGAAACCUAGUGUGUACACACGAGUUGAUUGGUUGGUUGACAAGCUGGGUACAAAAGUACAUUCCUACUUCUGGCUUGAUGAAUAUUCUGAGAAGGAUGAUUUUGCUCGAUAUUGGAAAGAUGAAUGGGUGAGUGGUUUAACAUCUUGGCGUAAAGCGUUGAAGAUUCCAGACUCCAAUGUAGUCAUGGAAGGUACAUGUGCAAAAGUUAUUAGCCAGCUUGAUCAAGAUAGGGCUUAUCUUGUUUGGAACCCUGGUUCACAGUUCGGUAUUUGCAACUGCAGUUGGGCAGAAAUGGGCAACCUGUGCGAGCAUGUACUGAAAGUUAUCAGUGUCUGUCGGAAAAAGUCGGCUAUGCCAUCUAUAAGCCUAUUGCAGUACCACCAGGCCUUGAUUGAUAUGCUGCACUGCCCACCUCAUGAUUCUUUGAUUCGUGAUCAUGCUGUUUCUUUAGCCGUCUUUGUUCAGAAUCAAUUAAAUGGACUAGUUAAUUUGGAAAGCUGCAAUACCACAAUGGAUGUGACAUCUUUUGCUGAUCGAGAUCGAGAAUUAGUAAAUGAGGAAGUAGUAUCUCAUAAUGAGAAUGAUUGUGGGGAUGGACAUGUCACUGCUGAGAGAACCAAGGGUAAAUUGGGUACUGAACAGAGUAAUUUGGUAGCACGUGGAAGUGGCAUAUGUAAUGAGAGUUGUGGAGAAGAAGUAUCUUGUGAUGAGAUGGAUGUUGACCCAUCAUCCAUCUGUAUUUCCCCACCUGGGUUAUAUUCUGUUGACGAGGUUGUGUCUAGCAGUGUCUUCUCCGGAAGCAGACAGAGGUCAUUGUUUAACACAGAGACUGAAGAUUUGGCUUCCACAGAUGAUCCUCUUACUAAUCCAACUGGAUAUGAGGACGAUAUCUUAAAUAGAAAUAGGCAAGAAAUUGCGAUGGAUGAGGACAUUGAUAUCCCUUCUUCAACAAUGGAGUUUGUGGAGCAAUGCACAAUAACCCAUCCGGAUGAUGACCACAUCCAUGAUAUUGAACACACUGUUAUUUGCAAGACAUCUGAUGACCAUACUGUAUAUAACAAGAUCUCCCCAUCUGCAUCUAUUCCUGUUGAAUCACAAGUGGUUGAAGUAGCUGAAACUUCAGGUGUCAUAACAGGAAAUGAACAAAUGGAAACUGAAGGAAAAAAUGGAAUGGAGUUUGCGGAACAAUGCACAGUAACCGAUCCAAAUGAUCUCCACUGCAAUGAUAUUGAGCCCACUGUUAGAGCAUAUGGUAACAAUAUCGUAGAUAGCAAGACUUUGCCAUCUGCAUCUGUGCCUGUUGAAUCACAAGUGGUUGAAGUGUCUGAAGCUUCAGAAAGUGAUAGAAUAGAAAUUGAAAGCAAGAAUGGAAGCACAAGUAAUCACCGAUCAUCCGUUGAUGAUGCUAUCACAAUUGAUGGGGUUCGUGACAACUUGAUAAAUGGUUCUGAUUGUAGUCAGUAUUCAAAUGCAGUUGGCACUUUGAUGGUUGUGCAAGGAGAAUCAUUGCUUAAAUGCUCAUUAACAUCAAGUUACAAUGAGGAACAUCUGCCUGUUGAGAAUGGGGAUGCUGAAGCUGUUUCUUCUGAGAAGCCGUCUUUAAUUACUGAAUCUCAUCUUACUAGGACUAAACUUCAAAACGGUGCUGAAAGCAUUAACAGUAACAAUGGGCUGAUCAGCCAACCAGUUGCCAAUGCCAUCAAUACUACUGCUGAGGGAACAACUUCAAUGGAGACUGCUGAGGCCUUUUGACGAGUGUGGCAUCCAACAGACUUGUGACAGAUGAGCUAAAAUAUUAGUGCUAUUAGUGCUUUAGUUAGCUGUAGGGUUUUCUUCAUGUAUAUACUCUUCAAUAGAUCUAAUUAUAGCUUUUUUGUUCGUUGACCCGAUUUGUUGUACCAAAGUUAUAUGGCUGCUAACUUACAUUUGAGCUUUACAGCAUUUCAAGGAAACUUUGAAAGCUAAGAUAUCUUGGCCCAAUGGAAGUAGUAAAUGUAUCUCUUUAUAUUGUUUUUGUGAAGGAAUAGCAUUUAGCCAUGUGAACCACUGUCAAUAGGAA